AUGUUAGCUCUUACGUUUAUACUAUUGCUUGUGGUUGAGUUGGGAUGGGCCGCCAAGUGUGACAAGAGGUAUGGACCCGCUGGAACUGUUGAUUGCAUUCAAUCAAGGUCGUACAAUAACGAAUACCAGUGGGCGACGUGCUUGACGGAUGCAUACAUCAAGCAAAAGAACAACCAAAAACCCGGCUGUGAAGACAGAUUUGCGACUUACUGCUGGUAUGAGUGUAUGCUUGAAGUGCAUAGCAAGGAUGCUGGAUCAGUGACGAAUGAUUGUUCCUGUACUCCCAGCAAUCCAACCUCUUAUCCAAACACUCUCACGCCUACCACAUUACUGCCUCAAGAGUGCUAUAGUCCACCAGGGGAUUCCUGUGAUUGGUAUCGCAACUGCUUGGAGAGAAAGUAUCCCUGUGAAGCUACAAGUAAUGGAUCUGCAAUCAGAUACGCUGAACAUUUUUGCAAGCUGUAUGACCAAAACUUUGCAAAGUUCAGUCUAAGCGGGAAAAAAUGGGUUAAUGGAGUUCGUAAAUGCCUCCAAGUCUCACUGGUACCACUAUUGAGGCCAUGGGUCGAUCCAACCUGUAAGGAGAUUCGAGAAAGAGCGUUUGCCUCUCAUACACCAUGUUACCUGAAUCCAGGCAAUGGUGCGCCGUCCGUCUGUGGUCUUGACUGCUCCGAUUACCUCCAGAUCUUUUGGACCAUCAAAGGUUCCUUUGAUGUCAAAGUCGAUACAUUCUGGGAAUCUCUCAAGGGAAUGUGGAACAUAGGAGAGAAAUGUGGAUUGUAUGCUAACAUCCAAAAGUGCUACAGAGAGCUGAAAGAUGGCCCAGUCAGAGUUAUCAAGCUGAAGAUUUUGCUGCGAUCGAGGCGCUCAACUGAUAAUCUUCCUGAGUCUGAUGCUCAAAGUCGAUUCGCAGCCGGGGUUGGCUCAGCCAUUGCGAGUGCCUUGCAGUGGAAGUCAGAUGUAAUGGACUGGCUCGCCUAUACUGGGAGAGUUGAAGAUACAAAAAACAUGGAAAUUGUCUUCUUAUUAGCUGAUAAGAAAGCCCUGGGUAUUACCAUUACAUCCACUCCAUCCGUCAACUUCAACCAGACCAUCCAAGAGUUUGCGUUAGCUGUAAAACAGGGAAAUCUUCCUUCGAAAGUAGAUGGACACAAUGUUUGGGUGAAGAGCUUAGCCUCGUGUUCUGAUAAAGCCUGCACCAGCACCCAGACACUGGCAGAUUCAGACAAGCGUCCAAACUGGAAUGGUGCUGCUGAGAUCUUAGGUGGUAAAGUUGUCCUGUGUGGAACCAUCGCUGUGUUGGUCACGAUGAUGGACAAAUUGCUUUACUAAAAAGAUACUCGCAUUUGUCAAGAAGGUAGAUUUAGUUUUUCUGUUUAUUGAGCUACAUAGAUUUAUCAUGCGUAACAGUUGAUCUAAUGGUCUGUCAGUCACCCUGGGUUUUGUGCUCGAUGCCUUCGAGCUGAAACAUUUCGAGUCCCUACCUGCUGCAAAAAGCUUCACUAAAACGUACACCUCGCUAAUUUUACUCUUGCAAUGCUUGCGACAAUCAUGGCGAUUUUUAGCUUUAGCAUGUUAGGCGUGGUCAUGGUGCUGAACCCUUCAGACAACAUUCCCGCACCAUCAUUGAAUCAAAAACCAGGACCUGAAUCACGAAUCAAUUCUGGACCACAAAAUAGCUGCUGUUGUUCAUAGCUUACGAAAAAGAGCAUUUCAAAUAUUGUGGUAAACCACCAAGUUGCAUUGUUUUGUAGGUUUCAAUCAGUCUUUCGGUGUUAUUUUUACCAUAAACAGGCUUCAGUGUGUAACUGAUAUUACGCGUUGCUGAAGGAAGAAUAGCCAGAAUCUAUUUGCCCAGUAGAUGUGAGACGUUUUUGCCCAUGAGAGGUUACUCAGAGGUUACUCACAAGUUACAAUAGCCUAUGUCUGAUUAUUAGAUGAAACCAUUGUGUCUUAUAGUAUAGUGUCUCUCUCCAUUGGAAGGAUAAAUAGACAGGGCACUUCUUUGAAGUGAUAUAACCUACUUAUACCUGAUUACACGCAUAUAGUUGGUAUUUUCCGUCUAUAUGUUGCUAUUUUAGAUCUUUUGUCUCAGUUUGUGGCUGUGGCUGUAAAGAUCAUGCUUUUUUGAAUAUUCUUAUUGAAAUAAAGUAAAAAAAAGCGAUUAUAUAAGCGUCUUAGACUGUUAUAACCAUUGUUAGCCAUUAAAAGCAUUUAAGCAUUAUGAAAUUGUUAAUGACUUGUUCCUUGCGCACUACUCGUUGUCAAGAUCGGCCCCCACCCUCCUCCCCUCUACAUCGCCCGGGAUGUUAGCCAAGAUCAUUUUCCGACGUUUUCCCUAAUUUUUUUUCAUUCGUUUCGCCAGUUUGUUUCGUUUUGGUUAUUUUAGUGUUUUUACUUGAUUUGUUUUUCUCGUUUGCCUUCUCUAGUGUUAGCAGAUGCCCUUACGAAGGACUAACGCUCGACACGUCAAAGAAACUCUUUAUGGUUUACAUUAUCAACUCAGUUGAUAAAACCAAAUAAUCUUGAAGUACCCCUCCCCUCCCCCUCCCCCCGCAAACGCAGAAGAACCACAGUUUGUUUAGAUCAAUUUAACCUCUUUAGUCUUCUCCAAAGACAGAUUACUUUUGAUUGGCCGGUGCCCAAUUGUUACAAGCUCAAUUCAAGCAGUUCACAGUCUUCCUUACACAAUCGCCUAUGGAUGUCAUUUCAGUGACGCGCACAGGUUUCAUUUCAAGUCUGUGACGAUAAGAGUUAUGUGAGUCUACGAUCGAUCAAAAGCCUCUCCCAAUUGUCAUGCGUCAACAUCUGUCUACACGCAUGACAUUGUGAUACCAAAAUAAAGUUUAUGUUUAUAGGUAUGUAGAGGUGUAAUAAACAGUCAAAGGCGGGCAUAUUCAUGCGCUACUUCCCUAGCGCGUGACACGCAUUUCGCGCCGCUUUGCGCGUGACACGCACUUCGCGCCACCUCGUGCUUGACUCGGACUUCGCGUCGUCUCACUCGCCUUUGUUCGACUGAAAAACGUUAAAAAUUAUGCUUGUUUUGCAGGCAUAUCUUGUGUUAAAUAAUAUUAGCUAUCGUCUGCUAUUAAUCAUUGUUAGGCAAGGCGUUGAAAUUUCGAAAAAAAAAAAAAUUACCUUUUUUUGAAUAUAUCUCAGUAAAAGUUACUAGAUUAUUGUUAAAUUCUCUAUAAGGGCUUUAGGAACUGAGCCGAAAAAGGAGCGAGCCUUUGGGGAUUGUGAAUUGAAUAAGAGAUUUAUGCGGAUUAAAACAUCAUCGUGAGUCAAUAAUUCUUGAGAGAAAAGCAAACACUCAAAGACAAUGUCUGUCUUUCUAGGAAAUUGACAAAGAAGCUGUGAUUUCACCAUACAUAAUCACAGAAGGGGGGUGGGGUGGUGUUCAAAGGCAUAUGAGCCGCUCAAUUCCUACCCGAGGCAAAAGCAGUCGCAAAGGAACAAACCGUUUUGUUUCCUGCAGGUAAUAUGCCUCUGCAGCUGUUAACAAUUCGCUAUAUGAGAUAAAUGAGAAAAGAUAGCUUGUGUUCAAGGUUUCCCCCUAUGUCCCCACCCCCACCCCCACAGACGUAGACACACCUUUUUGCCCCCGCAGGGUUUUUGGCCCCAGAGGGCCAAAAACCCGAGGAGGCACCUUAGGACUCCCCGCGUAAUAUAGAGGAAGACUGGAGAAGAGGGAAUGUGGGUAUUUUCGGUAGAUCAUAACCAGAAAAAAUCUCGAUUUGAUCGCUUGCACGGCCGCAAGGUAUCAACGUUUUUCCCGCAAAUGGUCAUGGGCUGCCAGUAAAAAGACACGCGCGCGAGGACUUUUAGGAUCGGCGUCUUUGACACGAGAUUUGUCCUAGUAUAGAGGAAGACUGAAGAAGAGAGAAUGUAGGUGUUUUCGGUUGAUCGUAACCAAAAAAAAUCUCGAUUUGAUCGCUUGCACGGCCGCAAGGUAUCAACGUUUUUCCCGCAAAUGGUCAUAACUACACAACUGUAAACAACAAGCCCAACUCAAAAAAAAAAAAAGAAAAUGGUACUGUAGGGCGGGGGCAGCUCUAGUGAGAACUAUAACUAGUAUAAAUAAUUGAUUGUAAGAAGAGUCCAUGCCCACUACAAACUUUACCAUUGACGAUCUACGUUGGCAGAGUUAUCGUGCUUCCCUUGGAUUCAUUAUAAAAGCUAAUACGGUAAGUAGUGUUAGAUAAAAUAUAAGCGAAACGAUUUCAAGUUGGUUAGCAGUGGAUGUAAUAUAAGCAGCCUGACACGCUAAGAGGAAUAAUUAAUGCUAUUUGGAGGCGACGGCCCGUGGAAAUUUCAGAGAGAAUUUUGCUUUGAGUCGACGAUGAAUCUUCAUUUCUUUCCCUACGAGGUGUCUCGUAGAUCAAGCCAUUCUAAUAGAGGUUCUCAGAGGUUUCACCAUAUGACCAUGGAUCUUGAUCAUGACUCAUAAAUAUUAAAAACACAAUUAAGAACAGAGAAAAAGUCUGGAUAAUCAAGAAAUCCGAAUAAUCGACGUGCAGAUUUUCGAGGUUCGACUGCAGUAUUUAGGUAGUUUAAAGUACCGUAUAGAACAUUGAAACACAUCGUACUUUGAAAAACACAGGGUCGUUCAGUUCUUGUACGCCGCUUAUUAUAUAUGGUUUGAUGAAACUAAGGCUAUAUUAUAGCUGGAGAACUGAACAUGAUAAUAGCAUCUUUAAUUCAACUGGGGAAGGAUGUCAUGAUACCGUGAAUUUCAAAACACGCUACACGAGGCCUCUUUCACUUCCGCAAUCAGCUACAGUCUCUCACCAUCCGGCUUCAUUUGAGUAAUUGAAACUUGUUCUCUGCGUGGGCUGUCAUUAGAGUUCAGUUUUACAAAGUAUUAUUGCGGGUGUAGCAUGAAAUUUCAUUUCUUUGGGCUAAUUUCGCAACGCGAACACUGUACACAGCUCUUUGAAAAUGUUGUGCUUUUUGUGUUGCAGUGAUAUUAUCUCGAUUAUCCGGACUCAUUGGGACUAGACGAAAUAGUCCAGAGAAUUGGGGGUCCGGAUAAUCAAGAAUAUGAACAUUGAUGAGGAACAAAAAUGUUUUUAAUUAGUUACGACGCGUGGGAGCGCUGCUUUUGCUUUUUGAAAGCGUAGUUUUGAAAAGAAUAUGGCUACGGAUCGUGAUCAUGACUAAUAAAUAUUCAUGAAAAAUUGGGACCAGAGAAAAAAAGUCUGAAUAAUCGAGGUCCAGAUAAUCGAGGUUCGAUUGUUUUCUAGCUAGAGAACAUGAUCAUAGCAUCUUUAAUUCAACUGAGGAAGGAUGUCACGAUACCGUGAAUUUCAAAAGUAGCUACACGAGGCCUCUUUCAAUUCCGCAAUCAGCUACAGUCUUUUACCAUUCGGCCUCAUUUGAUUAAUCUAUACUUGUGCUCUGCGUGGACUGUUAUCAGAGUUCAGUUUUAGAAGUAAUAUUGCGGGUGCAGCAUGGAAUUUCAUUUCUUUGAGCCAAAUUUCGCCAUGCGAACACUGUACACAGCUGUUCAGUUGAAAAUAUUUUAAGUUUUUAAGUUGCAGUGAAAUUUAAGAGGAUCUUUUUAUGGUUUAGCUUCUCACCUGGCUUUGACAUUUCGUAGUUUGAAAAAUGAUUCUCGGCGUGUGCGCUUGCUGUAAAACUAUUUUGUUUAAUAGUAAAAUCGAAACGCUUUGUAAGUUCUUUAGGCGACAAUAUAUUUACUGGUCGGUUGCAGAAAUCGGCUGAGUGGACGUAAUACGUGCUUAUUUAACCUUUAAGACCUCGGGUACUUAGAUAAAUAGUGAAACGAAAGACAUCGCGCUUUGGUAAGUCGUCGAAAAUUACCCAGCUUUCUAUACUUUGCUAAGUUGUAGCACGGUUAAUAUAUUAGGUGCCUGGGCCUAAAGAAAAAUUGAAUAAGAGAUGGAUUCAGGCCAGCAGCUGUAGACUAACCAAUUAUUAUUUGUCUUAGCUGUGGAUGAAUACAGGUAAACAAUGCAUUUCUAGGAAACUACGGAAGCAACAGCGAAUUUCCGGUCUAUGCACAGGCGUCUUAAGCUCACGGCCCAAGCUUACGUGUCCAGAAAAGUAAACGAUUUUAAAAUUAGUGAAAGCAUCAGGUGCUAUCUGACGCGGAGUUAAGUUAGGUUGAGAAUUUACACACACUGUAAGGAAUAGUACGGAGUAAGAAAUAUGAUCGAUCUACAACGCUAAAUAUUUCGAAAUAUGAACAUUCUACGCGUAAGAAUAACAGAACCUAUUCACUCUUUGUUUGUCCAUUGUGGUUUGUGGUGUUCUCUGCCGCUUUUGGCUUGCUUUUCCAUCACUAUUUUUCCUGUUAUAAGACGGAGUUACUCUCUCAUGAAGUAAUCUUUUGCUUUUCCUCGAGACGUGAGCCUGGAAGACCUGUGGUAUAUGUUCACGGAUGGGGGGGGGGGGUUUCGACACCGUCUCUACACUAACAAUAACUUCAAAGGGAGUCUUUAGCACUCACAGUUUUUUUUCUGUAGAUAAUCACAAUCUCAAAUCUACAUGGAAAAAUUCCUUACUUGAAACAAUCGUUUGUAAGUCUUUCACAGGCGCCUGCUUAAACGCGUGUGAAUAAUCAAAUUUGAAUUGGCAGCGGGGCAACAUGUUGCUGAAUCCUUCGUAUGUUCAAGGUUGAAAUCAUCUAGAAUUUUUUGCUUGGGACAUUUAAUGAAGGAAAGCUUAUAAGAUUAUGAAAUGAAUAGUCAUUCAUUUUGUGUUUGCGGGAGAAGUGAAAAUAGAGCGCGCUGACUGUUUCAGAAUUGACAGAUUUUUUAAAAGGCUUUCGAAUUCGCUUGAGGUACUAGCUUUGGUGGCUUUGAAGUUUAACGACUCGUUGGAAAGGCAAAACUUUUUACGAGUUUUCCGGUAGUCAUUAGAUAGGCGGCUUGGGAAAUCGCUCAUGAGACCUAAUGUUGUGUUUUACGACUCCGUUGCUUCGUGAAAAUGUGGUAAAAACAUAGAUGGAUAGGAAAGAAGUUUGGAACAAAUUUAAUGUGUGUAACCCUUCUGAAAAGCGCAAUAUUUUUGCUUCGCGGGACAAAGUGGGUAACCCGAGCAGGUAAGGUAGACGUAUUUUUUUUUUGCUCGGGCAACCAACUGAAACACAGGAUUCCUUUUAUUUCUUCUGCUUGUGCAGCCAGCUAUAAAAAAAAAGAGAAUUAUUGCAUACAUUAAAAUGCACAAAAAGUUGUUGCCAUCAGGUAUCUGAACAAGUGGCAAAGUAUCAUCGAGUCUUAAGAGUGAUACGAAACACGGUAACGUAUUCAUAUGUAACAAACAGUGCUUGAGCGAUAAUAACAGUGUAGAAAUGUUAAGGGUUUCUAAAAUCGCUGUUUGCAGCAAAGCUCUACUAAUACAGCAGAGCCCCGUUAACUUGAACACGGUUAACUCGAAUCCCCGCUAUCUCAAAUAAGAUCCGAUUUCCUCAGGCAUUUACCCCACAAGUUUCUAGUCAUUUCACUCGGUUAAGUCUGACUCUCCAUUAACUCAGACUAACUUUAAUUUUCCCAGGCUCGAACUUGCCCUAAUAUCUCGAACUUUAGAGUGUCAGAACAUAGCUGAUGGAUACGUCCUAAUCAAUUCACGAUUGAUACAAACGUGAUAACAUUAAUGAAAACGUAAUUUAGCUAAACUUCCCAAACUAAACGUUCUCAUCAAAAAGCUCUUUUAAAACAAACUACAUGUCCGGAAAUUACUGUUGUUUCUGCGAGAAUGUUAAAAACAUGAUUCCCUAUUAAUCAUUAAAAGGAUAACUGAUUUUCAGAAGAGGCUAACUGCAGCCCCUCCCUCCCCCCUCCUCCCCCUAACUUGAAUCAUUUUUCGUUUCUCUUGGGAGUUGGAGUUAGCGGGCUUCCACUGUAUUCGUUUUCGCACUGCAAAUGUAUGAAUAUUCAAUCUUAAAAUGUCCUAAUUACGUCUCCCAGGUUCUAGCUUUGAACGAUGUUAGCUCUUACGUUUAUACUAUUGCUUGUGGUUGAGUUGGGAUGGGCCGCCAAGUGUGACAAGAGGUAUGGACCCGCUGGAACUGUUGAUUGCAUUCAAUCAAGGUCGUACAAUAACGAAUACCAGUGGGCGACGUGCUUGACGGAUGCAUACAUCAAGCAAAAGAACAACCAAAAACCCGGCUGUGAAGACAGAUUUGCGACUUACUGCUGGUAUGAGUGUAUGCUUGAAGUGCAUAGCAAGGAUGCUGGAUCAGUGACGAAUGAUUGUUCCUGUACUCCCAGCAAUCCAACCUCUUAUCCAAACACUCUCACGCCUACCACAUUACUGCCUCAAAGAGUGCUAUAG